GGUCGCCGCCGUCGAGGGCUGCCUCGCCUGGUGCCCGGCCUUGCUGCGCCCCGUGGAGCUCGCCCGCCUGGGCGCGGCGGCGCCGCCGCUCGGCACCGCCGUGGCGGAGGCGUGCGCGCACCAGCUGCGGUCGGCGCGCCUCCUGCUGCUGGUGCCCGGCGGGAGCGUCCGCCUCGCGCGCGGAGAGAGGAUGCUCCACCGGGCCCAGCGGCAGUGCGUCGCGAGGCGGCCGACGUGCGCCGCCUCGGAGAACUACUCGGUGGGCAUCGACGGCAGGGGCCGGCUGCUCAUCUGGGGCCGGCCCGGCUGGCUCGAGGCCCGGGGCGCGGAGGCGGACGGGCAGGCCGAGGCGGACUGGCCGGCGCUGCAGCCGCGGGUGGCGGUGCCAGUCGUGAGCGGCGAGGGCGGGGCGUCGUGCAGCGGCCCUGGCGGUCGGGUCGAGCAAGUCAUCGUCGCGACCCUGGCGGCUUCGAGGCACGCCGUGUUCGCCCUGACCUCGACCGGGCAGUUGAUGUACGCGCAGGUCCGUCGCAAGUCGAACCUCGUGAUCCAUGACGUGGAGCUGCACCCGCUGAAGGAGCUGGACGGGAUCCAGGUGGCGCAGAUCUCCACCCGAUAUGGCCAGGCCUUCGCCGUGACCCGCGACGGGGGCGUCUACGCGUGGGGCAUGAAGUCUGGCGACCCGGGAAGGUUGGAGCACAGCUGCUCGAUGGGCUUCGGGGAGGUCGCCACGAUGCUCCAUCCGUCCCCGCUGCCCGGCUUCGGCGGCGGAGACGGGCAGACGCCCGUCCGCUUCGUGGCCGCCGGCGUCUCCCACACGAUCUUCGUCACCGCCUUCGGGGAGGUGUUCACCGUCGGCCGGGCGGACAGCGGGAAACUCGGCUUGGGCCAGCCGCUGGCGCACUACGAGCACGCGCUCAGCCCCACGAAGGUGCACUUCGACGCGCGGCCCGCCCCGGCCAUCGUGGCCGCGGCCGCGGGGUCAAGGC